AUGGUACCAACUUCCAAACCAACGUUUGAAGAAUGGCUUGCAGUCAGCGAGAUUGCAUUCGAGUGGGCAGAGAGCUAUGACUCGAAGGACUGGGAACGCCUUCGGUCAAUUCUAGCACCUACUCUAUCGAUCGAUUACGAUAAAGUCAACAAUUCCAAGUUCCUCGAUCUGCCUGCGGACGACUUUGUGCAGAUGAUGAAGGACCCGCUGUUUCUAGGUGAUUCUAAUAUUGAUUCUCAACAUAUGUUGGGCCUCACCAAAUGGGAGAAACUAUCAGAUGACAAGAUUAUCAGCCACUCCCAGUCGAGGGCUGCUCAUGUGCGGUGGGAGGAAGGACGGACUGCUGUGGCGGCAAAGGGCCACGGGCACGGUGUUGUUACGACUACAUAUCAGAAGAUCAACGGCGUGUGGAAAUGGGCUGGGAUCAAGACACUGGUGCGCUGGAAUGAGCAUGAGUUUGAGAGAGUCUUUCGGGGAGCUGCUGGAAAGUUCGGCUGA